CACCGGUUCCUAUCGGAGCUGCCAUGCGCCAAUUGACUGUCAGAGAACAAUUUGUUUGACAUGACCUUUCGAUUUGUGUGAGAUUAUUAGGGCUCUCGCGGUACGCAUUAUGGUAGGUGGUGCGUUGAUCUAUAUCAGCAAUGCGUUUAUACCAUUUUAAUGCGUAUCUCCAUGAUAUGCUUCCUAGAAGGGCUCCCUCGUGCUUGAAGAAGAAAAAGAAUCCAUACCAAAGAGAAAAGCAAUUCCUAGAAAUUUUCGACCAGGCGUACGAUAAUCUCAGAAAUGGCGCUGUAAACGCCAGUGAAUAUCUACUCUUUAAAUCGGCUAAGAAAUCUUCUCCCGGGAUUUCUUGUACAACAGUCAACCACAAACCCCCUGUGAUUAUGAUGGGAAGAUGGAAGUUACAGGACGACCGGCCUUAUCGCAUCCAGCAAGUCACUGCCUAUAGGGGAAAGAACAACGGUGUAUACUUGCAAGGCGGUCUGGCUAUCGAAUUCGAUAUAGUGUUCUUGCACAACACCAGUAUACCCGGGAGAGGGACAUUCAGCUCUCGCAGAGGCAAGUUGGUAGUAGCAGGAGUUUCGGACGCGUUAUUAUCGACGGUUUCAUGAUGCGUUUCUUUGCUCGUGAAGGUCGAGUUGCUUCUGUUGUAGCUAACUUACCGAAAGAUUUCAACCAUUGAGAUUCACAAAUGGGUUCUUGGUUGAUUCCAUUUAGCAAGGCUUCAAAGGCACUUGAUGUUAAGCGAGGUCUGCGGUAUCCAAACCUAGACAUUAGACAGAUACCGCUACCUGAGCUAAAUCCGACAUAAUCGGAGUUAGGACUGAUCUAUGGACGAGCAAUCCAGAAACAGUCAGGAAUGCAGCCAUAGUACUAUCGAUAUCAUAUCCUUUCUUUGUUUGUGUUGAUGCGUUUAG